CAUUAAAUUCGGCGCUCGUGUCUCGCAGCAUCUUUUUAAAAGUUAUUGUCUCUAUUUCUUUCCGUUCAAUAGUCGGAACCAACAUCAAUUAAUUACUCAAUAAGUGGCUCUUGGCCCGGUCUGUAUUAGCGGGUCUCCUCGACUAUUAGACCUCUGCCGCCAUCAAGGUCCUGCUCAACAAGUAUCCCUUUGUGCUUACCUCGCGGCCUGCAUCUUAGACUAACAAGGGUACGGUCUUCUCGCAAGUUAUAUGGAAGCAGUUUCUCGUCAUUCGCUCAUGUCGAUUCAAUUUUAUGACAAACUAGACAGUCGAUUGCAUCGUCCUACGAACUAAGUAUCUCAUACAGCUGCAUCAAACCAUGGAAAAAGAUGUAGUGGGAUAUCAAACCCGGUCCGACGGCGUUAUAAGUGCCACCGUUGCGAGAGGAGAGCCAAGGGCCGCGGACACCAAAGGGGGUUCGGAGAGUGAGACUGAAGUCAAGCACGUCUUCAAUGAGCAAACUAAUUAUGUCCCCAAAAGGACGAUCAUUACCAUAUUCCUCGCCUGUUCUACUGUAGACUUGCUAGCUCUCAUGGACCAAACGACUCUAGCCGCGAGUUUGAAUAUCAUCGCAGAUUCACUGAAGUCAAGCGAUCAAGCAUCCUGGAUCGCCAGCGGAUAUUUCAUCACUUCGACCGUCGGCCAACUCUUGUACGGCAGACUCUCGGAUAUCUGGUCUCGUAAAGUGAUCCUCCUAAUUGGUCUAGCUAUCUUCUUCCUCGGCUCCUUGGCAGCAUCGCUCGCUCAGACGGUCACCCAAUUAAUUAUCUUCCGGUGCUUCACCGGUGUCGGCGGUGGUGGCCUGAUGACCAUAGCCCAAACGAUUGUCAGCGACGUGGUGCCGCUUCGGGAGAGGGGCAAGUACCAAGGCAUCCUAGGGGCGGUCGUUGCCAUUGCUAACGGAAUCGGGCCCGUGAUUGGUGGCGCCCUUUCUUCCAUCUCGGAGGACUCUUGGCGGUGGAUCUUCCGUCUGAACUUGCCCCUUACCUUGUUGACCACUUGCUGUGUCGUAUUCAUCAUGCCCCUCAAGAAGGUCGACGGUGACUGGAAGGUAAAAUUGAAAGCCGUCGAUUUCAUCGGAAUCGUUCUUACCCUAGCUGGUGUAUCUGUUCUAAUGUUAGGCCUUACGUGGGGUGGCUCUGAGUACCCGUGGGACUCUGCUGCUGUUAUUACAACUUUGGUUCUUGGCUUUGUCCUUUGUGUCACCUUCGUCUUAUGGCAGUGGCGAGGACCUCGAUACCCCUUAGUACCUUUACACAUCUUCAAGUCCAAGAUUGUUAAUGGCGCAUGCCUUACUAUGGCCGUCAAUGGGUGGAAUUUCGUUGUCCAGGUGUAUUACAUACCCACGUUCUAUCAGCUUGCCUACGGCUACACGGCGACUAAGGCUGGCGCUAUGCUACUACCAAUCACACUUAUACAGACGCUUAGCAGUACAUUAUCCGGCUUGGUAGUCCAUUGGGUCGGCAGAUACCGCGAAUGCAUUUUAUUUGGCUGGGUUUGUUGGGCUAUCGGCCUUGGUUUAAUGUCAACCUUGGACGAAAACUCGGGGGUUGGAAAGCAAAUUGGAUACUCAAUCAUCAUCGGUGUAGGGGUAGGCAAUACCCUUCAGCCCGCUUUAAUAGCUUGCCAAGCUGGGGUGGCACGACGGGACAUGGCUGUCGUGACGUCUUUUCGAAAUUUCGUACGGAACUUGGGUGGGACGUUUGGACUGGCUAUCUGCGGCACCUUACUGAACAAUAUCCUAAAAAAUUCCCUUUCGUCGCUAAACACUAACGAAGCUGACUUCAAAGAUCUCCUUAGCAGCCCUCAAUCCUAUUUGUCGACUCUACCUGCGGAUGAGGCCCAGAGAGUCCGCUCAAUGCUAAUCCCUGCGUACCGUCGAGGUUUCAGGGUGAUAUUCCUUGUGGGAGCAUCGCUGGCUGCUCUCGCGUUCGUCAUCGCAUGGUUUAUGAUGCCUCAAGUCGAAUUGCGUCGUCCUGACGAUGAAAAGCUCAAAGAAGAGGGCCGAAGAGAACAUGCCGCAAAGCAGAACGCUCCGGCUCCUUGAACCUAGUUAGCGGUCUCGUUAUUUUCUAGUCGGCCUAAGCACCUACAGCAUAAGCGUCAGUUUUCACUGUCAUCUAGCAGAGACGAGCAACUAUUUCAAGUAAAAAUUUCGCCCGGAGUUGGGGUAGCCACCCGAUCAAACAAGAGUGAUCUCCUGAACUUUCCAUAAUCCGUUCUUUUCUCCCUUGACCACAUCGAGAUUUAUAAGCCCAGGCAACCAACAGCAUCC